AUGUUGUUUGGGGGCAACAGCGACUCGUUGGCGGAGGAGAUUCUCCGCUCGUCCUCCUUCCUCAGGGAGCUCCGGUCCGGUCAGCUGACCCAGCGCUGCUACAACAACUUCAUCCAGCAGGAGGCGCUCUAUCUGCACAGAGUCAGCAGCACACUGGAGACCCUGAUGUGUAGUUUACAGGAAGCAGAUGAGAACACGAGAUCACUGCUGCUGGACACACUCAAACACUACAGAAGCAGAAACCAGAGCCUCUUCAUUUCACCUCCCCCACAGUGGCUCCACUUCGCCCUGCAGUCUUUCCACUAUGUGGUUUUGGAGGAGCCGGUCUAUUGGCUGGUGGCCCUGUCGGCCCGGGCCUGCCUCCGGGACUUCCUGGCCAGGGAGCAGCUCUUCUCUGAGCUCAAGCCUGGUUCCACGCUGGUGUCUGGGUCUGAGGUUAAGGCUGGCAGCAUCUACCAGCAGUGGAGUGAAGAGAGUCUCAAGGAGGUUGCCUGGACGCGCAAGUACAGAAAGGUGAUAGGGGAAUACCAGGAUCAGAUGGACGUGUUCAAAGCCAUAAACAUCUUCAGGCAGCACAUGAUGAACCAGAAGAGUUUCUACAAGGCUGUAACCUGUGAUGUAGAGGAUAAUGAAUGAUGAAGAGGAGGAGAGCAGGGGGGGUUGCUGAUGAACCUGAGUCACCAAAUCUUACAUUAUAUUUCCUUAUUUAUUUUUUAAAAUUCAGCUUAUAGUGUAUGAGAUAACUGUACCAGAAAAAAACAUCUAACUUAGAAAUACAAUUGUAAACAGUAGCAGUGGUGGUAGUGGAAGUACCAGCUGUAGCAAUAUUACUACAUUAGUAGUAGUACAUAUCAAGAUAUUUAGAUUGCUUUGUUCCCAUCAAUCCUCACCAAAUAGCCUCUUCUUUACAAGAUACACUCAAUCUGUCUUUAUUAACAGUUUAUAUACUACCAUCCUUCAAAGCAGCAGGCACUCUUGAUCCAGGUUUUAGCUAACUACAGACCUACAUCUAACCGCCAAACAGUUCUAACUUUCUACAUAGUUUAUUUGAAGAUUUUCAGUCAGGAUUUAGAGUUCAUCAUAGCACAGAGACAGCACUGGUUAAAAUGACCUUCUAAUUACAUCAAACAAAGGACUUAUUCUCUGUACUUAUAAUGUGCAUUGAUUACGAUGUUGACUACCCGAUGUUGACUACACAGUGUAUUCUAUCCUGGGAGGGAUGGACAGACAGCAUUAACGGUGUGGUCUGUUGAAAUGUAACUGGAGAGAUGGUUACUGAGUGAAUAUUAACAUUCCUAAAUACGAUCCAUAACAUUACUGUUAACUGGGGAUUAAUUUCAGUAUGGCUAAUGUACCCUUUCACCCUUCCCCAAACAUAAGCUAAACUAUAGAACACAGAGACAUUUUGACUCAUCAGUCCUCACCACCUGCUGCCUGGGAGAGACCUUGCUGAUGCAGUAGCUCUACCUUGUGUCUGGCUGCUGUGCUUUCUCUUGCCAUGGUGUAUAACUCUUAAAGUUAACUGUAACUGUCUUACCCAACAAUGCUUUGGAAACACUGUUCUUGAAACCUUCAUGCCAAUAAAGCCCUUUAAAUUUAA